GGCCUGAAGCACUCAGUGACAGGAUCUGUGCCACCUGCGGUGGGAGGGAGUACCUGAAGGACUUUGGCGUGCAGCUGUGUGGACUGUGUAGCUGUGGUAUGUGAUACGGCAGCGUAUGUUCUCUCUCCCUCUGAAUGUAACUGAACAGACUUAAAAUAUUCUCUCGACAGUACUGGAAUCCGUUGUUAGAUGGGAGUGAGGGACUGAGUAAAAGACUGGAGUUAUUUUGGGUGUGUUGGCAAAGCGGUUAAAGAGAGCAUAUAUGAAAUGGAUAGUGAGGAUUUAAGAUUGAACUCUGGUGUGAGGGACAGCAGAUUUGAAUUUAAAAACAAAGAAGCUACAUGUACAGGAAAGCAGAAACGGCCUGAUGCUGACACUUGCAGGUUGGCUUCCUUGGAGAAACACCUAAGAACUUCUGUAUUUCAUUUUGGAUGCGGUGACUCCAAGCAGUUAUACAUACGCCGUUACACUUCUGUGGGGAGGUGGCGUAUGUGGCAUAGUGGUCUCUUUUCUAUGCCCAUUGGGUCUUCUGGAAACUGAGCUCUGAAAGGCUGUAGGCUGGCUCCUGUUGGUUGCACCAACAGAUACUUGGAAAAGCAUGGAAAACUCCAAAGCCUUUUUAUGGAGACUUUGGUCCUGGGUGAGGCUCUGUGGAAGGGCCACCUGAAUCCCUGCUUGGCAACAAAACCCGCUUGGGAUUGAGAGUGGAAACUUUCCAACUAGUGGUUAUUUGUAACGAAGUUAUUAAAUGUGUUCCAGGCUAUUGCAAAUACUGUGUUAAAAGCAUUCACAUUGUUAGCAGCUCUCAAGUGAGUCCUGGGCAGCUUUUAUCCCUGCUGCACAGUGAUGCUGACCACCUUCGGUUUGAGCAGUGUGAGAGCAGAGAGCAGGGGGGCAGUGGAUGUUUGCAGGGGUCUGGCUUGCUACAGAUUGCUGUUAUUUCAAUGGUACCUGUGCUGUGAGAAGAGUAUCAGCUGCUGCCUGCUCAGGGAGGAUUUCUGUGUCCUUAUACCAGAGUGCUUACACAGUUAGCAUUUCUGUGACAGAAACUGAAAAUAGAGGUCUUGACGCUUUGUUUACUUGCUUGUUGGCUUUUUUUGUGUAAGUAGUGGAAGCAAAGUCUUCCAAACUGGAAGUCGCAAUAGGAUAAAAGCCAAGGCAAGGUCUUGGUGGAAAACAGCAACAAAAAGCCUGAACUCUUUGUCCUAUGAAAUGCUUUGUAACCUUACCUUUAAAAUAGGCGUAGGGCUCUCUUGGUAUUCUCUUCAUACUGCCAAGGUGGUACUUUAAUCUGUCUUGUAUUUAAAAUGCUCAGCUGGAAACUUUGCCUUUUGUCACUGCCUUGACAGACUUGCCAUGUAGCCUGUAAUUUGCAAGCUAACCCAUCAGGAAUACCUGGUGAAUUACAUUUGUUUGACAAGUUCAGCUGCUGGCACCAAACAUCUUGGGGGCGGGGGGUGGAAAUAAAGAUGGAAAGUCUAGAGACAACAGAAGUGAAGCCGUAGCAGUGGCAGACCCGGUUCUGGGUAGGUGGGUUCCCUCCUGAAGUUGUGACUUGCAGCUACAGCAGAGCAUCUUGCUUGCGUUUUGCUGCUGGCCCGGGUGGAUUCCAGAUGGAAAUCUUUGAAAACUGCCAAAGCACAGAGGUUGCAUUCCUUACCUCCCAUUGUCCGUCUUUGUACCCUUCUGGCUGACACAAAGGCUGAGUUUGGUGCUCCUCAUGACGCUGGCUGAGGGCUACCAGCACUUUGCUGAGGUUUUUCCUGCCCGUGAGCGGCAGCUGUAAGAGCUGUACUGAGCUGUGUAUGAAGUAGUGAGUUCUCCCUUUUGGCUGUGACAAGCCUGCGCCCAUCAAAGGAUCCUUCUUUGUGUGCUUGAUGCCGAUGAUGGGCUUUUUGUUACUCCAAGCCACUUUUUAUUUAAUGGUGAAAAGGUGCUGUGUGUUAAACACUGUAUUUAUAUGAGAUUUAUGAGUCUCCUCGAAAUAAAGGAGGUGGUAAAGAUGUGAUUACUAGAAGGUCUGCAGUUCUUAAUGGUCAGCGUAAAACUAAACACGGUGCUGCUUGUGGUAACUGUGGUGGUCAGCGUGCAGCUUUUAUUUUAACAAGUGGUGCUUCAAAGAGGAGAGAUGGAUGAGGAUUUAAAGGCAAAGCAGCUAGAAACCUGGUAAGUGAUGAAAGGUGCUGUAAGACCACUGCACGACUUGCUGGGCUCUGCAGGUUGUAAAAGGAGAAAAUAAUUGCUGUCACAGCUGUGAGUUGAUGUUAGCAUUUAGCACUUAGCUUCUGUAAGUAUCUUGCAGCUAAUUCAAACCUUACAGUUCUUCCCACACUACUGAGUUCUUCCUGUUACUUUACCAGUGGUGUUAUGGGAUCUCUUUGCUCAUCUAAAAGGGACGUGCUUUGCCACCAGACUCUGAAAGUUGUGCUGUGUCUGUAAUUCUUCAGCUUUAUUGCUUUCUAGCUGAAGACUCUCCUACAGCCACAAUCCAAGAACUUAAUACUGCUGUAAUACCAGCACUGGGUGGCUGGGGGCUGAAAUGAAAACUUGGCUCUUUCUCAAGCUAUUCCAUAGGUUUGACUGCAUUUAUUUAUUACAUAUUUAUCGACUGCAUUCUCAGUAGAUGUGCCAGGUACUGCUUUCCUGCUUAUUAAUAUGAUUUUGAUGGUGGAUGGGAACGAAUGCUUUUCUUUUUCCUGGGGUGGUCUGUUCCAUUGUGCUCUGCUGCUGUGCUUACACAUCCAAGAAAGAACCUCGGCUUGGCUGGAUGGAGCUCUGGCCCCUCCUGGCCUGGGUGCUUUGACCCAAAAGUGCAAAUUGUAAAUGCACAUUAAUCUCUAACUCUCCAGUGACAGAAUGGGAAAUCUGAUUGCCUGGAUCAGAACUGUAGGGAUGGGAUAUCAAAGGCAGGCAGUUAAAAAGAAAUAAAAAAUAAAAAUCUGUACCUCUCCAUGGUUGUCUGUGAGAAAGGAUUGGAAGUCUGAAAGCCCUCUUAGUGAUCCACUGCAAGGAACUGAAGCAGAGCUUUGGAAAGGUUUUGAAGACCACUGAGAACACAGAGUAGGUCUUGCAUUUCCCUUUGCAACUUCUGGCUUUUUCUUCAGACACAGCAUGUAUAUGGCAUGUGGAAGAAGAGGGCAUGUUCUGUUCAGCAGUGUUGAUUAUUUUUUUUUUUCUGGUACUGUCCAUCAAAAUGGAAGAGCUCUGUGGGGACAGAACGCGUUUGAUUGAGGCACCCAAUGCACCUGUGUCUGGGCAGGCUGAUCUAACUGCAGUGUGUGCCUUGGAAGAGCACGGCGUGAUGAAACUCAGGUUGGUGGAGUGGGGCAAGCAGAAAGGAUAAGUUGGACGGCACUCUAAGCUCUGCAAAAUGCCUUCUCUGUGACCUCCCAUUAUUUGCUGGCUUUCUAAUUUCUCUUCUAGAACUUCUGUAAGCUUAAUGAGUGGCUGCAAUUCAGUGUGUAAGCAAAAGUGAGUGAGACUUGGUGAAAUCUUCUCAUUCAAGGCAGUUGUUCUUAGGGUGGUAAGCUGAAUCUCUCAGCUGCCACUGUAUUUUAAUUUUCUUGCUUAACAGAUACAUUGGAGUAACUUUCUUUCUUUUGUUGCAUUGAUAAAUGUGCGAAUGGAGAGGCUGCAGAAAUAAGCGUAGAGGGAAGCUGAGUUUUGGUACAUGGAAUCAAGAUUAGGAAUCCUUUUCCUCAAGUUGUCCCUCCUGGUUGGGGCAGCGCGAGGCAGAGGAAGUGAAACACUGACCCAGCACUAGUGCAGCCGUGGUGGAAGAAAUCUGCUUCAUCUAAUUCAAUCCUAAUUCAGUCCUGCUAAUCUGCUAAUACUGUAGAUUGAAAGAUUUUUGCUGUUGCCAGGAUACCCUGUAAUGGGCAAGGAGCCUGAGAGAGUCCAAAUUCUGUUUUUUAAAUUUUGUUAAAGCUUUUGUUUAACAGGACCUGGGCUCCUGUUGAAAAGUGAUGGAAUAAUCUCUGGCCGGCACCUGACAUGUCGGGGGAGCAUCCCUAAAAGAGCUUGCCUGGGAGACAGUUUGGGAAAUAACGCAGUAACAUGUUUGCAGUAACCAGCAUGUUUUGGAAAUUUGAUCUCCAUUCGUCAUCCCACAUAGAUACACUUCUAGAGAGAGAAGAUGUAACACUGAAGGAGUUGAUGGAUGAAGAGGACGUCCUGCAGGAGUGCAAGGCUCAGAAUCGCAAACUUAUCGAGUUUCUCUUGAAGUCAGAAUGCUUGGAAGACUUGGUUUCAUUCAUUAUCGAAGAACCACCUCAAGACAUGGAUGAAAAAAUACGAUACAAAUAUCCAAACAUAUCCUGCGAGCUGCUUACUUCAGAUGUCUCACAGAUCAAUGAUAGGCUGGGAGAAGAAGAAUCUUUACUUAUGAAACUGUACAGCUUCCUCUUAAAUGAAUCUCCUCUAAACCCUUUACUCGCCAGUUUCUUCAGCAAGGUGCUAAGUAUUCUCAUAAGCAGAAAACCAGAACAGAUUGUGGAUUUUUUAAAGAAGAAACACGAUUUUGUAGACCUCGUUAUUAAGCACAUAGGGACCUCUGCUAUCAUGGACUUGCUGCUCAGGCUACUGACUUGCAUAGAACCUCCACAGCCCAGGCAAGAAGUGUUGAAUUGGCUAAAUGAAGAGAGGAUUAUCCAACGGCUUGUAGAAAUUGUACAUCCAUCUCAAGAUGAAGACAGACAUUCAAAUGCAUCACAGUCACUCUGUGAAAUUAUUCGUUUAAGCAGAGAUCAGAUGUUACAAGUACAGAACAGUUCAGAACCAGAUCCCCUGCUGGCAAGUCUAGAGAAACGAGAAAUCAUAGAGCAGCUGCUGUCCAAUAUUUUUCAUAAAGAAAAGAAUGAAUCUGCAAUAGUCAGUGCAAUCCAAAUAUUACUGACCUUACUUGAGACAAGACGACAGACAUUUGAAGGCCAUAUAGAGAUCUGUCCUCCAGGCAUGAGCAAUUCAACGUAUUCUGUCAAUAAAAGUGUUUUAGAAGCCAUAAAAGCACGACUUUCAUCCUUCCAUGAACUCCUACUUGAGCCUCCAAAAAAAAGUGUCAUGAAGACAACGUGGGGUGUAUUGGAUCCACCUGUGGGGAACACACGUUUAAAUGUGAUCAGAUUAAUAUCUAGCCUUCUACAGACAAAUACAAGCAGCGUGAAUCAGGAGCUUAUAGAGCUAAACAGUAUAGGAGUUAUACUGGACAUGUUCUUUAAAUAUACGUGGAAUAACUUUUUGCAUACUCAAGUAGAAAUCUGUAUUGCAUUGAUUCUUGCAAGUCCUCUUGAGAGCACAGAAAAUGGCACAAUUACAGAUCAGGAUUCCACUGGGGACAAUCUUUUAUUGAAACAUCUCUUCCUUAAGUGCCAACUAAUAGAACGAAUACUUGAAGCAUGGGAGAUGAAUGAGAAGAAACAGGCGGAAGGAGGAAGACGGCAUGGCUAUAUGGGUCAUCUGACAAGGAUAGCAAACUGUAUUGUGCACAGUACGGAUAAGGGCCCUAACAGCACGCUAGUCCAACAGCUUAUUAAAGAGCUUCCAGAGGAGGUCAGAGAGCGGUGGGAAACAUUCUGUACAAGCUCUUUAGGAGAAACUAACAAAAGGAAUACAGUGGAUCUGGUUACUACCUGCCACAUUCAUUCUUCCAGUGAUGAUGAGAUUGACUUCAAAGAAACUGGCUUCUCCCAGGACUCUUCUUUGCAGCAAGCCUUUUCUGAUUAUCAGAUGCAACAAAUGACGUCCAAUUUUAUUGACCAGUUUGGCUUCAACGAUGAGAAGUUUGCUGAUCAAGAUGACAUCGGCAAUGUUUCUUUUGAUCGGGUCUCAGACAUCAACUUUACCCUCAAUACGAAUGAAAGUGGCAAUAUAGCAUUGUUUGAGGCAUGCUGUAAGGAGCGGAUACAGCAGUUUGAUGAUGGUGGUUCUGAUGAAGAAGACAUCUGGGAAGAAAAACAUAUUGCAUUUACACCAGAGUCCCAGAGACGUUCCAGUUCGGGCAGUACGGACAGCGAAGAAAGCACUGACUCUGAAGAAGAGGAUGGAACGAAACAAGAUUUGUUUGAAUCGCAUGCCAAUACAGAGGACAAAAUGGAAGUAGACUUAAACGAACCACCAAAUUGGUCAGCUAACUUUGAUGUACCCAUGGAGACUGCUCACGGUACCAAUCUGGAUUCUGUUGGGUCUGAUGUGUGGAGUACAGAAGAACCUAUGCCAGCCAAAGAAACUGGCUGGGCUUCUUUUUCAGAGUUCACAUCCUCUUUGAGCUCAACGGAUUCCUUAAGAAGUAAUUCUCCCGUGGAAAUGGAAACAAACACAGAGCCGAUGGAUCCCUUGAGCGCAAAUGCAACUGGUCUUGCAACACAGCUGGAAACCCCGGGAAGCGUUGCGAUGGAGGCCAGCUCAGAUGGAGAGGAGGAUGCAGAAAAUGCAGACAAGGUAACAGAAACAGUAAUGAAUGGCAGCAUGAAGGAGACGCUGAGCCUCACUGUAGACGCUAAAACUGAAACGGCUGUUUUCAAAAGAGUGUUGAAAUCCUAUCGUGAGGAAGGAAAAUUGUCUACCUCGCAGGAUGCUUCUUGUAAAUACGUGGUGGAGGAGAAUGCAGAGGUUGCAGAAGAGGCUCCUUCAGCUUUGCAGCCCGCUAACAGCAGUCCAGAACAGAGGACUGAUCAACGCACCCUUUUAGGAGAGACAUCUGUUAAUGGCCCUGUAUGAUAUGUGGUGUCUACUGCCUUGGCUGAAGAAAAUGAACUGAUACCCGGGUGUUUGAGCGUUUCUUGAGGAUUUCAUCUAGAGCCUGUUGAAGCCAGUUACUGCUGCACUAAUUUUGCAAGGGAUCAGGACCAGCAACAUUUAUAUUCUAGAUUUUAAGACAUUGUACAGAAAUUCAUAAGUGUAAAAAAUAUUGCACAUUGAGAAAUACCAAUAAUUUUUGCGUAUGUUUAUAUUGUAUUGUUCUAAUGAACGGGUGGCCUGUGAAAUAAGAUCCUGCCACCCCUGUAAUGAUGACAGUAGUGUUACUAUAGUUAAAAAUGGCUGUAAGAAUAGUUUUAUAAAAAAAAAGUGAAUACACAAAUCUAAUGUAUUUGAGACAUAACUAUUUGAUGAUUAGUGUGACCAAAGUAUUUAGCAGUUUUUCAUACAUUUUUCACCUUGUAAAAAGAAGGAAAAAAAGAAAAACAACCAAAAAAACCCCACCUGAAUUCAUGUUUCUUCCAGGUUGGCGAAGAAUUGUAGAACUGAAAUGCCCUCUAAACGUUAUUUUGGUUGUUUUAGCUUACAGAAGUGAUUUAAAUGAGAAUUUUGGUGUUCAACAUUUUACAACAGGUUUUUUAAUUGGUAAUUGUUUUCUGUAUUGUUUAAAACAGAUCAAAAAUGUAAGUCUAUUGGUAGAGAUUUUAAGUAUUUAUUGCUACAACUUAGUUGACAAAUUGAUGUUACUGUAAAGCCAUAUGUUCUGUUAAGUCUUGUUUGCUUGAAACAAUACCUUACAGGUGAAACACUAGGAUAUUUGAAGUGCACAUGGCUUGUUGUGUUAAGUGAUUCACCUGCCUUUUAACCCAUUCACCAAGAUUUACUUUAAUACCGAGCAUUACACGAUGGAACAUUUCAGAACAAUCUGCGUAUUUAAAGCGCUGUAAUCCUCUUAGACAAGUCAAGUAAAUGAAAUGCCCGUGCUGCUAAUGUAAUUACAGUACACGCAUUUUAAAAGUAUAUAGUGUUCUUUUAAUACAAAUUUUGGCAGCAGAGCAUGUUAAUUGUUACUUUCACUGUACUGAUCUGUGUGAGGCUUUCAUUUGUAUGUUCUAAACCAGUUUUUUUCGCAGCUGGUUUGUGUAUAUAUAUAUAGUGAUUAUGGAAACUAAUUCUGUGUAAUUUAUAAUUUUCUAUGUCAGUGUACAAUUCCAACAGCCUUCUCAAACAAACGGAAGCAAUAUUCUGUAUAUUGCCACAUCGUCUGGUGAAAGGGUUAAAGUACUUCACCUCCUGCACUUUUAGAUGCAAAUCCAUUUUUAUUUCUGUAAUAAUUAUAUUCAUUUAUUUUUACAUCAUUUGUUUUCCUGACCAGUAUUUAAAGCCAAAAGGAUACUCUAAACAAUGGCCAAUGAUUUAUUUUAGGAAGCGUCCCAAGCAAGGUGCCUAAACAUUACAUUGCGUACAGAAAUAAAACAAAAAAGGCAAAAAGCCCAAUGGCAUUGCA